CGUAUCAAUCCAGAGGAUUUGGAAUGCAUAUCUCAUGACAGGUCAAAUGCCUGUACAGACCUGCAUCAUAGUAGAAUUAACAGAAGUAAUUUAACAAAUAACGAUAAACGAAAUGAGAAUUAGACUAUAAUGGAGAGCAACUUGGCUAGUUUUACAGCUUGGGGUCUUCCAGCAUUUCAGUCUGCUGCAGUAAUUGUGGCUAGACUUGUUGAUGCUGAUGAACUACUCGGUGCUUGUUUUGUGGGAAAUCAAUCCGAUAAAGGGCUGCAAAUAUUGGUAGCGACACCGCUCUUUUGGUAUUGGAUUUUUGGUUCAAUGAACCUUGGCUCGGGUUAUCUUGUAUAUCGUCGUUAUAAGGCUAUAUUAAGAAACAUUUCAACACCUUUGAUGAAGCAGCAACUCCAGGCUAUAUGCCCAAGUUACGAUUUUGGUACAUUUUUGUUUAUAUAUUGUGUUCCUUGUGCUUUACUUUUGUUUUCGGUGAUCUAUGAGUUUGCAAACAUUGACAUUUGGCUUAACAUACCACCUUACUUGGUUGCCUCAGAGGGAUUUACAACACCAAUGUGGCCAUUUCUGGCGCGAGCAUUUACGGAAAUAAUGUUGGGAAUUAUAUGUUUUGCAUGGUUUCUAGGUCCGAGAAUUUCCAUGAUGUAUAAAAAACAGCUGGAGAUUCGUAAUGUAAAAGAAGUACCAGCUUCUACAAUUUCACAAUGAACUAGUCGUAAUACAAACCAUAACUAUAAUUACAGCACGGCAUCUUAUCAUACUAUACGACCCGCAUUAAAUGCUUAUUCACAACGACGUUCGCCAGGUAGUAUUUCUAUGAAUCAAUUAUCUAAAUAUUCUCACAAGAAGGUUAUUGCCCAAAGUAUCCACCACCCAAAACAAUUACAGAAAGAUCCUUAUUAUUUAAGUCCAGCACAAAUGCAUUUUGAAUGUUGUAGAGAUGA